AUGUCGGUCCCACGCGCGAGGUUACUGCAGCUCAUGGAGGCUCGCUGCAAGCUCUUCGAGACCACCUUCAACCCUGACGGCAUCCGCGCCGGCAACAAGAUCCUGAGACAGCGCCUCAAGGGCCCCGCCCUCGCCGGAUACUACCCACGAAGGAUAUGGACCAUGCAGGAGUUCCAGGCCGAGUUCAGGGAUCUUCACCUCCUGGUUGACGACGAGAAGGAGCUGGACCGUUUCGAACAUGUUUCUCUUCUGAAAGCGCGCGGGAAGGGUGCGCCCAAGAAGAAGAACUCUGCUCCCGAUCACAAGAAGAAAAAAUGA